AUGGGGGAGAAGAUGAAGCAGGAGCAGAAGAGUAUUCACGACAUCCUCCCUGUUGAGUUGAUUCACAUAAUCUUACUGAGAGUGCCGGCCAAACAUCUGGCUUCCCUCAGGUGCGUUUCGAAGCUGUGGUACUCUCUCAUUUCCGAUCCACACUUUGCGGAACUGCAUUUUCACCACUCUCCCGCUUCCUCCAACGCACUCAUCUUCAUACCAAAAGGCAGUGUGGCAUGCUUAGUUUACUUAGACGCACUAUUUAGUGACGACAAUGAUGCAUCAUCACAAGUAAAAGAGGUGUGUCUCCCUCUCAAAAAGGAACCACCUUCUCAUCUUGCGGUCCUGGGAUCCUGCAGAGGCUUUGUUCUCUUACAUGGACACCCUGAAUUUUUAGUGCUAUGGAACCCACUGACUGGAUCCAGCAGAAGAAUAUCUUACUCUGAUAUUGAUUCUCGUAGUGAGUACAAUGGCUUUAGGCUUCCCUACAGUCCCCAACUGUAUGGAUUUGGUUAUGAUGCAUCCCGGGAUGAUUACUUAGUUGUUGUAGCUUGGAGCCAGUGGGAAAGGCAAGAUCACUUCGAUUGCUUGUCCUUGAGAACCAAUUCCUGGAUUUAUCUUGAUACUGCACUCCCCAAACCCUUGCGUGUUUUUGCUCACCAGCCUUGUGGGUUGUUCUUGAAUGGUGCUAUUCAUUGGCUGGUUUUCCCUGAUAAAGCCAGUGUUGCUAUCUUUAUCUUUGAUCUGAAGGAAAGGGCUUUUUCAACCAUAUAUGCGCCGGAACAACUGCCAUGCUCUUAUAGUUAUCCAAAUCUCGCCCUACUGGGAGGCUGCCUAGCCUUGUAUUAUCACAAUGAUGAUAGCUAUAGCACUGACAUAUGA